AUGAUCUCGUCAACUUGUUGGGUUCCAAGAGGAUACGCUUCCGAAUUCCCAGAGAAGUAUGAAUUGGAUGAUGCUGAAAUGGAAAGAAUCAAUGCCAUGGCCAAUCUCCAAUUGAAUGAGAGAGCGGAUGAAGAUCUCGAUGAAGACGAAGAGGUAGAUGAAGACGAAGAAGAAACCAAAUCAAACAAACUUACUGACCAAAUUGACCAGGAUGACGAUUUAAAGGAAUACGAUUUGGAAAAUUACGAUAAUGACACUAACUCUGACCAAGUUGGCCAGCAAGUAACCAUCUUCCCUGGGUUAUCCACUUCAGAUGCUGCCAUCUAUGGUGAAGAAGGGGAAGACCAAUACUUAAGCUUACCUACCGAAGAAGAUGACAAGGAAGAAAAAUUGGAAUCUCAAAUCUACCCUACUGAUAAUUUGGUUCUUGCUACUAGAACCGAAGAUGAUAUCUCCUACUUGGAUGUCUAUGUGUACGACGACGGUGCUGGAGCUCCAGAAGGUGCUGAUGAAGAAGAGGAAGACAAAUUCGAUGCUGAUGUCGCCAAGGGACUUGUCAGAGAAUCUAACUUGUACGUCCAUCAUGACAUCAUGUUACCAUCAUUCCCCUUAUGUGUAGAAUGGAUAAAUUACAAGCCUGGUAACUCAGAAGGAGCCGCUUCUGGUGAAGAUGAUAAGAUCGGUAACUUUGCUGCUAUUGGUACUUUCGACCCUCAAAUUGAAAUCUGGAACUUGGAUUGUAUGGACAAGGCAUUCCCAGACAUAAUUUUGGGAGAAGCACCAGAUCAAAGUUCAGUGGCUGGAUUGAAGAAGAAGAAUAAGAAGGGUAAGAAGAAGAAGUCAGCUGCCCAUGUCACCACACACCAUACCGACGCUGUUUUAUCUUUAGCUCACAAUAGAGUUCAUAGAUCCGUCCUUGCAUCCACAUCUGCUGAUAAUACUGUGAAGUUGUGGGACUUGAACAAUGGAACUGCAGUUAGAUCACUCAACACCAUCCAUAAUAACAAGAAGGUGUCAUCUUCUCAAUGGCACUCACAGGAAGCAUCUAUAUUGUUAACUGGUGGGUACGACGGUUCAUGUGGAGUCUCUGAUGUUAGAAUUUCAGAGGUUUCUUCCAUGACCAAAAACUAUCAAGUUUCUCCAGGUGAAGAAAUUGAAAGUGUAAGGUGGGGCCACUCAUCGCAACCUGAGCUUUUCUAUGCUGGUACUGAUAACGGUAAUGUAUACUGUUUUGAUGUUAGAGUUGUUGACAAGCCAGUUUGGACCCUUCACGCACAUGACGUUGGUAUUUCAUCCUUGGACGUGAACAACUACUUGCCAGGUAUGAUUACCACUGCUGCCAUGGGCGAAAAGACUGUUAAGUUAUGGAAGUGCCCAACCGCCGAAAACAAAAAGGGCCCAUCAAUGGUCUUGUCCAGAGAUUUUGGUGUUGGUAACGUUUUAGCUUCAUCAUUUGCCAACGACAUAGAAGUUGCUGGAAAUAUGGUCAUUGGAGGUGUGAGUGGAGCUUUGAAGAUGUGGGAUGCAUUCUCGAACAGAUCUGUUCGUUCUUCUUUCCGUGAUGAAUUGAGAGAUUUACAAAAGAAGGCAAGAUACGAUGCCAGGGAGGCCGGUAGAGCUUCUAGAAUCGCAAGAAAGUAUAACAAGGAGAAUUCCGGCGAAACUGUGAUGACCGUAGAGGCUGGUGGUUUGGAUGAUGAAAGUGACUCUGAUUCUGGUGAAUUGGAGGGAAUGGAAGAUGAUGAAGAAGAAGAUUAG